AUGGCACUUUCUACACCAGCAGCUUAUGCUCUAUUUUUCAUUACAGUUUUCUCAUUUUUAAUUAUUGGAUUGUAUGCUGCAUAUAAAAAUACGAAAAAUAAAUCCGAUUUUUUAUCUUCUUUAAGAACUCAAACUGCUGUACCAUUAGCACUUAACUGGAUAGCUUCAAGUCUUGGAUCAUCAUCAUUGUAUGCAUAUCCAGAGGUAGGAGUAUUAGCAGGAAUAUUAGGUGUAUUUAUGUAUGCAUUCGGGACUGUCGUUUCAUUAUUCGUGUUUACACUUUUUGGACCAUACAUUCGUAAAAAAUGUCCUGAAGGAUUCACCAUAACAGAAUUUGUGUUGAAAAGAUUUAGUAUCGUCAAUCAAAUUUACAUUUCAUUGAUGUCAUUGGCUAUCAUGUUGUGUUAUAUGAUUAGUGAGUUGUCAGCCGUUGGUAGUAUAUUGUUAGAAUUGGGAAAUUUUGAUCCUAAACUUUCAAUUAUUACGAUCGCAGUUGUGACUUGUCUUUACACAACAUAUGGAGGACUUCGAGUUUCAAUAUUUACAGAUUUUAUACAAGGAUCAGUAAUUGUCAUCUUGAUUAUAAUCGCAACAAUUGGUUUUGGCGCAUCAGUAAAAAUUGAUCAAGAGUUGAAGGACAGUAGUGAUUUGCUCAAGUCAAAUUCUUUGGGUUGGCAAUUACUUUACAUCAUGCCUGUUGCUAUUUCUUUUGCCAAUUUAUUUCAUCAGGGAUUUUGGCAAAGGACCUUCUCAUCCAAGAAUGAUAAAGAAUUAAGUUUAUCGGUUUGGUACGGUAGUCUAAUCUUAUUUCCAGCAUUGAUCUUGAUCGGAUUCACCGGGAUACUGGCAGUAUGGGCUGGUACAUUGACACCAGAAAUACCUGGAUAUAUAGCUUUCUUUACAUUGUUUACCAUUGUUGCAACAUCUUCAAAUGAUAUAUUUCAUAAUAGGUUACCAUUAUGGGCAAUUAGAUUGUUUGCUGCUGCUUUUAAUAUUCCUGCUGUUAUACUUGGUCUAUACAAUCUAGAUGUUCUAAGAGUGUUCCUAAUUGGAGAUCUAAUAGCAACAGCAGCAAUGCCACCAAUUUUACUUGGAAUUUUUGACAAAUUUUAUUACAUUAAUUCAAUUGAUGCAAUUGCAGGUGGAUUAGGAGGCUUUUUGGGGAUUUUUAUAUUUGGUAGUAUUUAUUAUAAUAAUGCAAGUGAUGGUGCCAAUUUGAUAAAUUUGCCACUGGGUCUUUAUGGCGAGGAUUAUUCAGUCCUGGGAGCUUUUAUUGUUUGUCCGCUUGCCUCUUUGUUUUUUACAUUUUUGUCAUGUGGUGUUCGAUUAAGUAUUAUGAAGUUAAUUGGAAGUAAACUAACGCCCGAUGAAAAAAGCAAAUCAUCUCAUGAACCUAUUGAACAAAAUAAAUCACCUUAUGAACAACCUAACCAACAAAGCAAAUCACUUCAUGAACAACCUGAUGAACAAAAAGACUCUGACAACAGAAUUCGCUAG